AUGGCUACUGCCUCCCCCCCUGUAAUUGCGCCCCUCCAUCAACAACUCAUUCCCACGCGCUUCUCCUCUAGGACACAUAACGCUCGUAAACUCAAACCCAGCAUCUCCCUAAAUGCCCAUCUUCACCAACCGUCCACUUUCCCGCUAGUUUCACUCUCCGCAACUUCAAAAUCCACAAGAUCUAAUUACAUCUUGAGUUCGGUAUAUCGCGCUUACGUUACUGGUCCUCCGAUCGUGACCGAAUCCGACCCGAGGAUUGACGAUUCGGAGCCCGACUCUGAUAAGACCGAGGCGUCGAACUUGAUAAGCCGGAAGCUUCUAUGGAGUCUCUUUGCUCGGCACAAGUUCAGACUUUGUCUUUCGGUGUUGGCUCUCGUUGGCGGCACCACGUGUACUCUGUCAAUGCCUAUAUUUUCUGGACGAUUCUUCGAAGUUCUCAUAGGCACCAGAUCAGAGCCGUUAUGGAAGCUGCUUAGCAAAGUGGGGCUUCUAUACUCAUUAGAGCCUAUUUUCACUGUUAUUUUUGUGGCGGAGUUUUUCGAUCGAUACAAGGUUGGUGAGCUCAGUGGUUUGCUGACAUCUGAUUUGGGUUCUUUAAAAGAUGUUGUCAGUGAGAACAUUUCGAGGGAUCGAGGUUUCAGGGCACUUUCUGAGGUUGUUGGGACGAUUUGCAUACUGUUUGCCCUAUCCCCCCAACUAGCCCCAAUUUUGGGUCUGUUGAUGCUUUUCGUGUCCGUUUCAGUUGAUAGCAGAACUGGGAUCCCAUAUGGAAUUGCUGGCUAGGAAGGGGCAAUAUGCUUCAUUAGUUGACACCCAAAGGCUGGCGUUUGAAUAAAUAUCGGUUUCCAUAGAUACCUUCCGAAUGAAGUCCGAGUAGAAGAGCAAGAUCUUGUCUGAACUAGUGGAAUCGUGCAAAAAAGGGCGAGUAGUAGCGUCGGCUUCCAUUGCCAGUUAUUUCUACUUGCUGCCUUAACUAGUGGCUAAAUGCUAAGAUAACUCAGUUAUGGAGGGUGAAGGACAUGAGUUGGAAAAGUUCAAAUUUUUACUUUCAAAUGCGUUGUUUGUCUUAAGAGGCAGCAAUGGUGGCAAACAAAUGUAUCGAAGAUAUAACAGCAUGUCGUAUGAGGAACUAUUGUUGUAACAAAGAUAAUAGG